UAUAACAAAAUAGAAUGUGAAUCUCAAUUAUUUUCACAAUUUGUUUUACUCAGUUUUUCACAAAUUUUCACAAUUUAUCGAUCAUUUUAUCUCCUUUACAUACGUGUCAGCCUUCAAGAACUAUCUCUCACUAUUAAAAUAUCUACCCACACACGACACGACACAAAAAACAACCUUAGCAUAAUUGGGUAGUGUUUAGUUCCAUUCAAAGUUUCAAACUUUGUGAUAAAAAUUCGAUUUUUGCAGUAACCCAGAAACCCAACCAAGCAGAAAAAUGAAAUUGUAGAAGCAGUUUCAUAAUAAAAACAUGAAAGGGUUAGGUUCUCAUACAGUCUUGAUUCCAAAGGGAAAGCCUCCUCUUUCAUUUGCAAUAUUGGAUGCAUUACCAUGUUGUACUUAUUUCUCUAGAACCAACACUUUAUCCACAUUAAGAUGCAGACAAAAUUUGAGGCUAAAUUUGGCCCGUGGCACAAUUCGAGUCCAAGCAUCAAAUGUUAGCGUUGGACCGGAGGAUUAUGGAAGCAAUCAUGAGAAAGACAGCCAGAAUGUCUCUGAAAGAAAUUCUGUCAAUGACAGUUCAUCUAAAAUUGUGAAACCUACUCGGAUUCCUUAUCCUAUCUCUAUAGCUUUUGUGCUGUUUGGAUGUGCGCUUGUGUUUUCACUAAUAGCCUUUGUGAAAGGAGGACCUUCAUCAGUUCUAGAAGCAAUUGCAAAAUCAGGAUUCACUGCUGCAUUUACAUUAAUAUUUGUUUCUGAGAUCGGGGACAAGACAUUCUUUAUUGCUGCACUCUUGGCAAUGCAAUAUGAGAAGGGAUUGGUUUUGUUAGGAUCAAUGGGUGCUCUUGCACUUAUGUCAAUCCUAUCUGUUGUAAUAGGCCGUAUUUUUCAAUCAGUGCCUGCUCAGUUCCAAACAACCUUGCCGAUUGGAGAAUAUGCGGCAGUAACUCUUCUUUUGUUUUUUGGCCUAAAAUCAAUAAAAGAUGCAUGGGAUCUUCCUUCAACUGUUGUUAAAAAUGGUGAUAAUGGCAGUCCUGAACUUGAUGAACUUGCUGAAGCAGAGGAGCUUGUGAAAGAAAAGGUUUCACAACGGCUUUCAAAUCCACUUGAGAUCAUUUGGAAAUCAUUCAGCCUUGUAUUUUUUGCUGAAUGGGGAGAUCGUUCAAUGCUUGCAACAAUAGCGCUCGCAGCUGCUCAGUCUCCUUGGGGUGUGGCGGGUGGAGCCAUUGCUGGACACUUUUUAGCAACAUGUAUUGCAAUUCUUGGAGGAGCAUUCCUUGCUAACUACAUUUCUGAAAAACUGGUUGGUUACUUGGGUGGAGGGCUAUUUCUAAUCUUUGCUGUAGCCACCUUUUUUGGGGUUUUCUGAUUUCUGCAUAGCCCUACUUCUUUUCUUUUUGUGUGCAAUAUAUUACUAGUGGAAAUAAAAUGAAGGAUACGUGCUCAAACGCAGAAGCAAUGAUGAGAGAAAUGAGAAAAAAAUAUUCAUACUUCAAGUUUGUUGAUUUCCUGAGUAGACAUUAGGAUCAAUUUAUUCCCAUGGGUAAAGAAUAAGAAGCAUGAUAUCUGCCUUUAGAGUAAGGUUUUGAAGAGAAAGUUGUGUAAUUGUUUCACUUGACACAGGUUUGGCAAUGUGUUUGUUGUGUAUUAAUGAAACUACAUUAAAGAAUUCAAUCAUUUCUUAGAAGAGAAAUGUUGAUUGUCAUGGGGGACGUUUGCAAGAAAGAGAAGAAUAAUAUGUAACAACAUCUAACACUUACGAAUUAUAACUACUUAUUCUUGUAGUGGUCAGCUAAUUGCUUAUUGGUCAGAACUUCUAUUUUUGUGCAAA